UUUAAAUUUAAUCAGAACAUCAUAUGUUUCUGACGUCAUUUUCAUUAUGGCUGCCGCCCAAAAUGACAAAAAUUAAGGGCUGUAAUUUUUUACUUUUUUAAAGAAACCGACAAAAUAGAACAAAAAAAGAUUUGACGAUCAAAAAUAUCUAAAUUUAAAUAAAAGCUCGAAUACGUGCAAUGGUGUAUAUUGACGAAUUAAAGUGACUUAAAGAAGAUUGCAGUUAACAAAAAACAUGCCUGUUCUAUCACCACAUCACUCUUCUCCGAGCUAUAGGUCUAGCUAUAAUAGCACUCUGGAUAGACCACCCUACUAUAGCAACACGUCCAUAAAUCCCAGAAUUUCUAGUUAUUCGGAAAGAUUCACAACAAGAUCCUAUAUAGAUUCAGAAGGACGUCGAACAAUUUCAAGGAGCGGCAGUAUAACGGAAGAUGGAGUCAAGACCCGUUUCAAGGAGGAGAUCAGAGACGGCAGCACCAGACGGGACUCCCUGUCCAGAGACCCGGGGGUGAGUUCCAUAAGGGAGAACUCGGUGUUGGACUUUGGGGGUCGUAGGGAGGGUUCACUCUCCCGAGACAGCUCCAGGCUCUCCUCGGUGGAGAUAAUCGAUGAACUGGCCGAUUUCAGGAACAAGUACUCACCCUCCAACUAUGUACCAGCCAUCCAUCGGAGGAACGACAACAUCGGCCGCUCGAAAUCGAUCAACGACAUCGGACUGCCGCCCAUCGAGAAGGCAAAAAAAAAGGUAACUGACGGUGUCAAUGUUAACAUGAGUGUGCCGCCUAAUACAACAGCCACUAACGAUAAUUCAUGCAAUAACGACGACAACGGCAACAGGGCCUCCGUUGCCGACCUACGUAAGAGAUUCGACAAGAUGCCGGAGAACAAAGUUUCCAAGUCCCCGGUCAACAUAGACACCUCCGAAGUCAAACUGUCCGACAAUAAGUUCAAGAUACUCGAUCAGUCCAACCUCAAAGUGAACGGUGAGAAGAUACCCAACGGUCUGAGGACCGUGAAGAGAUCAAACCUACCCAAAGCCACUAUCAAAAAAUCCCCGGUUAAACCGGAUGAAGCCAAGGGCGAAGAAAACCACGUGAAAAUAAUCAAGAUAGCUGGGGUCCACAAAGAAACCGAAGACCAAGCUAAACCUAACCCGAAAACCCAAAAAAUCAACACAGACAAACAGAAAAACGCCAUAGAAAAGAAAACGGCGAACACAGACAAAAAGAUCAACCCAACCACAGAAAAAAGAACGAUCUCUGAUAAACAAAAGACGAAGACUGUCUUGUCGAGAGAGCCUGUCGACACGGUUGACAGUUCGAACGUCAAAAUUAACAGUGAACAGGGGAAAUUGACUAAUGGUGUUGCGGACCUGAAGAGCAACGCGUUGGAUAACGGCAAGGAGACAGAUGAGGCGCAGAUCAAGGACCAGGAGGAUGGUGCUGGUUCGACGGAGUCCGGUCACAGCCUGAGCGAGGAUUCCUCUUCGGUGGGGGUGUCGAGGACCAAUAAUUUCGCCUCUUACAUAUCCAGCAAGAACCUGGAGGGGGGGGAUAAGGAGUCUGUGGUUCUGGUCGAGAACAGCUUGGAGCCCAAGACCGGUUCGGUCGAUAGACCCGUUACGUAUCAGAAGGCAUCGUCACCGAAAACAAACAAAAACAGGCUUUCCCCAUCUUCCUCGGUGGCAACGAACAGCGUCGGCACCUCGGGAGUGUUAAACUCGAACAGCCUUGGUAGAAAGUCGCUAGAGAGGGAGAGACGCAGCGGGAUCUUCGACGAGGACGCCUAUGAUAGGACCCCCGGCCUCAGUUACAGAUUAGGGACCGGCAGUCCCACGAACGCGUGCGCAGCGGCGACCAGCGUGAAGACGCUGGGGCUGAACGGCCUCAAGAACAUCGGCAACACCUGCUUCAUGAACUCCGUCAUACAGUGCCUGUCCAACACUAGACAGUUGUCGGAGUACCUCCGGCAGGACGCCUACAUCAAGGACAUCAACACGACCAAUUCCAGCAUGAAGGGGUCCCUCAUCAAAGCCUUCGCCGAGGUGAUCAAGGAGCUGUGGGCAGAGGAUUCGUGCGACAGGGCCGUCAACACGGCCUCCCUGAAGGGUCAGAUACAGAGGUUCGCGCCCAGGUUCAUGGGUUUCGCGCAGCAGGACGCCCAGGAGUUCCUGCGCUACCUGCUGGAGGGGCUGCAUGAAGACGUAAACAGGGUCAAGGAGAAACCCAAGCCCAUCCACACGGAGAUCGAUGAUAAGCUCAACGACUUGGAGAAGUCUGCCGAAUCCUGGAACCGCUAUCUGCGCAUGGACAAUUCCCGCAUAGUGGACAUCUUCGUCGGGCAGUUGAAGUCGACCCUGAAGUGCACCUUCUGCGGUCACUGUUCGGUCACCUUCGACCCCUUCUGGGACCUGUCGUUGCCCAUACCCAUGCGCACAGGUCAGCUGAGGCUGUCCCAGUGCCUGGAGUCGUUCACACGCGAGGAGACACUGGACGGGGACGAAAAACCGACGUGCUCGAAAUGCAAGGAGAGACGGAAAUGCACCAAAUCCUUCUCGAUACAGAAGUUCCCGAAGAUACUGGUCAUCCACCUGAAGCGUUUCUCGCCCACCGAACGGUUCAGGGGCAAGCUGAGCGUGACCGUGGACUUCCCCCUCGAGGGGCUGGACAUGAGCAAGUACGCGGCCGAAGAGGUGACCUCCAGCAGGUACAACCUGUACGCCGUAUCGAACCACAGCGGCACCACCUACAGCGGACACUACACGGCGUAUUGCAGACACCCCUACGCCAUGUCCUGGCACGAGUACAACGAUUCCAGGGUGAGCAGCGUGUCCCCCAGGUCUAUAGUGAGCAGCGAGGCCUACGUGCUGUUCUACGAGCAGGAGGGCGCCAAGUAGCGAGAGGGGAGAGACGCCGUUUUAAUGAGAACUUUUAUUUUUUUUUUGUUUUUGUGAUUUUGAUGAUGUGGAGGAUCUCCGGUGCGGAAAUAUUUGGUAUUGUGUUUUUACCUGACUUGGUUUCGCUGGAGGGACUGAUGCCGGUGGAAUUUCAAUGGGGGUGGACGUGGGUUGAUUGCAGUUUCAAGGGAGGUUUAGGAUUUUCCCCUGGGGCAUUUAAACUGCGCUUCCAGCAUUGAUUCCACCUUGGACGCAGCUAAAAUGUGCCCUUCUAGGCAAUAUUUGGUGGACAAAUUGCAAACGAUAGUUCUCAGGUAUCGAUUUGCAUUUUUCUUGUUGGGGUUGAAGGGGAGGCGUUCCGACCGGGGGGAUCCUCGUUGAAAAAAAUACCUUGUGUAUUCUGUUAUAUUUAUUUGUCUUAUGUGAUUUGCAACUUAUACUCUUGUAUUUAUAUUACCAUACUACUGUUGAUAUUUUGGAGAUUUUAAAGAACAAAAUAUAUUAAUUUAUUUAUUUUUCAAAUUGUGACUAUUUUAAGCAUAGUCGGUAUUUGUAUUGUUAGAGAUGAGAAAAAGUUGUAACGGAUAUGAUAAGUGUUUCUGUAGAGUGAAGAAUUAAGGACCGGAGCACAAUUUUGAGAGUUUUUGUACGUUGCCUCGAUGAACAAGUCCAGAAACGUAUUUUUCCUGAAAUUCGACUCGGAUCUGGAUUCAUUUUCUACCUCUUGGAUUUUGAGCAGCUUCUAUAGAGUAUUAGAACGAUGGUACUAAACUAGUUGAUUCAUUAUUAAAUAUGGUUACCGAAAAUUUAGAAGAAUCAAAGAUGAGCACUUUCAAGUUGAGAGAGAUUUAUUUGAGAUAUAUUGAAAGGCUUUAUAUUAUGAGAAAAUGUUCAAGCACUAACUUAUAAUAAAAUGUUUGCAAAAA